AUGGAUUCGGGGCUGGAACAAGUGGGGCCUUAUGAGGAUCAAAGUGUUGCACUGCAGGCAGAGCCGACGCGUAUCGACUUUGAUGAGGGCUACUACAUUGGUACCGUCGACGAGGAUGGCCGCAUGUCUGGUUACGGUAAGGCUGUUUGGACGAGUGGCGAUACGUAUGUGGGAACAUGGCUCGGUGACACCAUGAAUGGUCGAGGUGUGUACACUUGGGCAGACGGUGACUGCUACGAGGGUGAGUACAAGAAUGGCCUACAGAACGGCUUUGGCGUUUUAAAGGAUGCUACAGGUGUUUACACCGGAGAGUGGGUUGACGACAUGCGUCAGGGUAUUGGAAAGAUGGAGUAUGCUUGCGGGAGCGUGUAUGAAGGGGAGUGGGUCGCUAAUAUGCGCCAUGGAGAGGGUAAGCUCACGGAAGAAAGCGGGAUUGUGUAUCACGGCGAAUUUGUGCGCAACGAGAAGGAAGGCAAGGGAGUCAUGACUAAUGCGGAAGGUGAUGUCUAUGAGGGUGAAUUUGCUAAUGGAAAACCUAAUGGUAAGGGAAAGUAUGUUUGGGCGGACGGCGCCAAAUAUAUCGGAUCAUUUAAAGAAGGCCUUAAACAUGGACAAGGGUGUGAAUGGAUGGCGAACGGCGAUUGGGUAGCUGGGGUUUUUGUGAAUGGUGAACACGAUCAGAAGCAGGCCGUACACAAAGCUGUCGUUACGGAUGAGGACCCUUUCGGUGAACAAAUAGACCCUGCUGUGUUGAUGGCCUUAGAUGCACAAAAGUUGCGCAUGAUGUCGCGAGGCCAAUUUCCUACUGAUGAUAAAAAAUACUUCAAUAAUAUAAAUGCUACGGGCAGCGUCACCAGCAACGUAAGCGACCCUUCAGGCUGGAUCAAUAAUUAUAGUGGUAGUCUCCUAAUGACAAACAGUCUAACGCACUCUGAACACGGAUACACCAAUGGUCAUACAGCUAUUCCUGUGGAGACACCUUUGCGGCAGAGUCGAUUAAUGCUUACAGAUGCGGAUUUAGAAGGGUGGCGGCAAAUAAAAAUUAUCGGAAAAGGGAGUUAUGGGGCGGUCUAUGAGGCCCUUCUUGUGAGUGGGCGAACAGUGUGCUGCAAGGUGAUUGAGUUGGGUUCUCUCACUGACCGUGAGGAGAUGGAUAAGCUUCGAAAUGAAAUUUCAUUAAUGAAGCGACUUCAUCAUCCCAAUAUUGUGCAAUAUUACGGUUGCCAAGAGGAAAGAGGCAAAAACACCUUGAACAUAUUUAUGGAACUUGUGAGUGGAGGAUCAAUCAACACGUUUGUAAAGAAAUUUAAAACAAUUCCACUACCGACGGUACGCCAGUGGGCGUAUCAAAUAGUCUGCGGGGUGAAGUACCUGCAUAAUUGUGGUAUUGUGCAUCGCGACAUCAAGGGUGACAACGUUCUGGUCUCGCUUGAUGGGAUCAUUAAAGUAGCGGACUUUGGGUGCAGCAAAGCCAUUGACGACGUGUGUAGUAAAACACACGGUUGCCAGACGAUGGUUGGGACACCAUACUGGAUGGCACCGGAGGUGAUCAAGUGCGAGGCUGGUGGGUAUGGCAUGAAGAGUGAUAUCUGGUCAAUCGGCUGCACUGUUGUGGAAAUGAUCACAGGAAAGCCCCCGUGGCCCGAGUGUAACUCCAUGUGGGCUGCGGUGUACAAAAUAGCGCACUCCACGGGGUUGCCGACGGAGAUCCCAAAAGACUUGGACCCAAAACUCAUGAACUUUCUUGAGCUGUGCUUUGAGCGUGACCCGAAGCAGCGCCCAACGGCGGAGCAACUCUUGCGACAUUCAUUUUUUGGCGCUUUAGGUAGUAACGAUGGCGGACAAAUGAAGUAA